UUACUCGGAAAAGGCGGGGCUUUUGUUCAGUUCGUUCCCGACACGUUGAGAAAGUGUUUGUUUUGUCAAGAAUAACACUGACUUUUUCAGAUUAUUAACCGGUUUUUCUCUGGCAAAGGAAAAUGCCAACGCUCAGCGGAAAGGCAGACGUUUUAUUCGAAGAUGAUGAUUUGCCUUAUGAAGAAGAAAUCAUCAGGAAUCCGUAUUCAGUCAAGUGCUGGAUGCGUUACAUUGAGCACAAGCAAAAUGCUCAGAAAUCAGUGCUCAAUAUGAUCUAUGAAAGAGCUUUAAAAGAGCUGCCUGGCAGUUACAAGUUGUGGUACAACUACCUGAGAGAGAGAAGGAAACAGGUGAAAGGCAAAUGUGUCACGGAUCCGGCAUACGAGGAGGUGAACAACUGUCAUGAGAGAGCGCUUGUGUUUAUGCAUAAGAUGCCGAGGGUAUGGAUCGACUACUGUCAGUUCAUGGUGUCUCAAUGCAAAAUUACACGGAGCCGACGGACAUUCGACAGGGCGUUAAGAGCGCUACCCAUUACCCAGCAUCCUCGCAUCUGGCCCCUGUAUCUUCGCUUUGCCCGUAACUUGCCUCUCCCAGAAACAGCUAUUCGUGUUUACCGCCGGUACUUAAAGUUGUCACCUGAGAAUGCAGAGGAAUACAUUGAUUACCUGCGUUCAGUUGGACGUCUGGACGAAGCUGCGAUUCGGCUGGCAGCUGUGGUCAAUGAUGAAAACCUUGUUUCGAAAGAGGGAAAGUCCAAUUAUCAGCUCUGGCACGAGCUCUGUGACCUCAUCUCACAAAACCCAGACAAGGUGACUUCACUGAACGUGGGAGCGAUUAUCAGAGGAGGUCUCACUCGCUUUACUGAUCAGCUGGGCAAACUCUGGUGUUCUCUGGCUGAUUACUACAUCCGCAGUGGACACUUUGAGAAGGUAAAAUCUAAGACUCUGUAUACACUAACCCUGCUCAUGCACAAAUUGACACCAUUCUCUUGUUUUUUUCAAGCUCGAGAUGUAUACGAGGAGGCCAUCCUAACCGUAGUCACUGUGAGAGACUUCACCCAGGUUUUCGACAGCUAUGCGCAGUUUGAGGAGAGCAUGAUUGCUGCCAAGAUGGAAACCACGUCUGAACUGGGACAAGAUGAAGAAGGUGACAUUGACUUGGAGUUGCGAUUGGCCCGUUUUGAGUUGCUGAUAACAAGACGACCGCUUUUACUAAACAGCGUGCUGCUGCGUCAGAACCCUCACAACGUUCACGAGUGGCACAAGAGAGUCAAGCUCUACGAGGGCCAACCACGACAGAUCAUCAACACAUACACUGAAGCUGUGCAAACGAUAGAUCCUAUGAAGGCCACAGGAAGACCUCACACUCUCUGGGUGUCCUUUGCCAGAUUCUAUGAGGAUAAUGAACAGCUGGAUGAUGCUCGGACUAUCUUUGAGAAGGCCACAAAGGUGAACUACAAACAGGUGGAUGAUCUUGCUGCAGUGUGGUGUGAAUAUGGAGAGAUGGAGCUGAGACAUGAGAAUUAUGACCAAGCUUUGCGUAUACUAAGGAAAGCGACGGCGAUUCCAUCAAGAAAAGCCGAGUAUUUUGAUUCUUCAGAACCAGUGCAGAAUCGAGUUUAUAAGUCCCUGAAAGUGUGGUCCAUGCUUGCAGACUUAGAAGAGAGUCUUGGCACAUUCCAGUCCACAAAGGCAGUGUAUGAUCGCAUCAUUGAUCUCCGGAUCGCCACACCUCAGAUCAUCAUUAACUAUGCCAUGUUUCUUGAAGAACACAACUACUUUGAGGAUAGUUUCAAGGCAUACGAGCGUGGCAUUGCCCUUUUUAAAUGGCCUAACGUCCAUGACAUCUGGAACACGUACCUCACCAAGUUCAUCGACCGUUAUGGAGGCAAAAAGCUGGAGAGAGCGCGAGAUCUGUUUGAGCAAGCACUGGAUAGGUGUCCUCCUAAAUAUUCCAAAACUAUCUACUUGCUGUAUGCUAAGCUGGAAGAGGAGUACGGUCUGGCGCGACAUGCCAUGGCUGUGUAUGAGAGAGCCACUGCAGGUGUAGAACCAGAGGAACGACAUCAAAUGUUCAACAUCUACAUCAAGCGGGCAGCGGAGAUUUAUGGAGUCACUCACACAAGAGCCAUCUAUCAGAAAGCCAUUGAGGUCCUGCCAGAUGAGCACGCCAGAGACAUGUGUCUGCGCUUCGCUGACAUGGAGAGCAAACUUGGGGAGAUUGACAGAGCGAGAGCCAUCUACUCGUACUGCUCUCAGAUCUGUGAUCCGAGGUUGACCGCUCAUUUCUGGCAAACCUGGAAGGAGUUUGAGAUACGCCACGGUAACGAGGACACAAUCCGUGAGAUGCUGCGGAUUAAACGCAGUGUGCAGGCCACAUACAACACACAAGUCAACUUCAUGUCCUCUCAGAUGCUCAAGGCAACCACCAAUGCUAGUGGAACAGUGUCAGAUCUUGCUCCUGGGCAGAGCGGAGUGGAUGACAUGAAGCUGCUGGAGCAGAAGGCUCAACAGCUCGCUGCAGAGGCAGAACAGGACAAACCCAAACCUAAAGAGAAGAUCCUUUUCGUCAGGAGUGACACCUCUCGCAGUGAACUCGCUGAACUGGCUAAACAAGCUAAUCCAGAUGAGAUUGACAUUGAUGAUGAAGAUGAGGAUGCAGAGGAUGGGGAACCAGAUGAGGUGCAACUGGAGCAGAAGUCUGUCCCUACUGCUGUCUUUGGAGGACUAAAGGAUGACUGAAUUUGCUGCAGUUUUUAACAUCAGGAAACAGAGAAAUCAAUACCGACGUGCUGAUGUGAAUUUAUGUAAAUGGCUUAGUGCACUGUAGCAAUAACAGUUCAGACCGCAUGGUGUCACUCUUUGGAGCAUUUACAUGCUUUCAAUUUGUUCAUCAUGACUUUGGGUAGAUAAAAUGUUAAAGCGCUUGAUCUAUUGUUUACCCCUCUCUACUGUAUAUUAAAACAACAGUUAACAUGUCUGACAUCUGCAGAUCAUUUAUUAUCAGAUUGCAAUACUGUAAACACUCUGAAGGCACUGCCCAUAAUUGCAUGGGUGGAGCUUUUCAGAUGUUUGUUUGUUUGUUUGUGCAAACAUCUGAAUGCUGUGGUUUGAGGAAUAUGCAAGUUAAAAAAACAAAAAAUAAACAGCGCAUUUGGUCAGUGAUGUCACUGUAAACUUUCAUUAUACAAGUUACUUGAACUGAAAGUGCAUUCCGUCUCUAGGAUGAAGAGUUAUUUUUGAAGUUUUCCAAGUCUGUGUUUAAAUAAAUAAGCAUAAUUGGAUUGUUUUAUUUGCA